GGCUCGAGGGCGAGCCUUAUUACACAUAGGGUGAGUUGCUGUGAGGAGAGUAAUGGUGGCAGUUGAACAAACAAUGUGCUAUACUGGGAAAGUAAACGCGUCAACGUCAAUGCGCCCAUACACUAGUCAAUAUGUUUGGACGCCAGGGCUCUUCAUACGCUCAUCUCUAGCAUCUUCCCACCAUGAAGGAAGACUCUGCUGUUAUGCGGUUCAUCAACAUGCCCAUAGGCCCACACGACACGUUGUUUUCAUACAUGAAUACGUCUGAGCUAGUCGCGCUCAUGGCUACAUGUGGCAGUUUCCGAAAGCUCAUCCUUGAAACCUACUUCGACAUCAAUCUACUCCUGCUUCCGUUCUUCGGCAGCAUCGCUGAAGUGCGGAGGUUUCGAGACAUGCAAGCUGAAUCCGGCACAAUCAUCUCUGGAUCCAUGGCUUUGCAGUUCUUCAGUCGUACCCGCUGGCCUGAAUCUGAUCUGGAUCUCUAUGUAGAGGAAAGAUCGCGGCACCAUCCCGUUAGAUUCCUCGAUGCAUGCGGAUACAAGCAUAUUGCGCGGCAUCGCCGGGACAAGUUUCUGGAAAUGUUCGAUGAUUACUCCUCAGGGGAGGCUACUAUCAUAGACGUUAUGGACUUUAAGAAGGGAAACAAGAAGAUUCAACUCAUAAUUGCCUCUUCACCACCGAUGCGGAUUAUCGUCCUUUUUCAUUCCACUGUCGUGAUGAAUAUCAUCACCCAUGCGCACGCAUUUUCGCUGUAUCCGAGACCGACCUUUAUCGAGAACAAGUUCUUUGCCAUCGAUACUUCAUUUCUUCCUAAAAAAAUCCAUGCUGCGAGGCAGAAGUAUGUCGAUCGAGGCUGGCGAAUGGCGUCAAAGCAGGAGCAUGCUGAAGUGUCCGAUGUUGCGCGCUGGAUCGGGGACAAGUUCACUUGGCCGAUCGUUCUGCCUCCAACUCCAGACAGCGGAAAGGUCUCCGACAUGGUGUCCAUAAAUUCGUGGAAUCACUGGGGCACGAAGACAGACUAUUCCAUUGCGAGCGACCCACAUCUCAGGAACAAGUACAUCCUCAAUCGGAUGGAUAUGUGGGCGUUUCAUUGGUGGAUAGAAUUGCAUGUUCUCCAGUGCAGCGAAUCGAACUGCGAGCAGCGGAUGUUUGACGAUUCUGACUUGUGCCAAUUUCUCAUGAAGAUACGCAGACCAUCAGUGACGCCAAAUUUAAGGUUGACUGAAUCGGCACCAUCAAUGUCAGAUCCAGAUGCCCUUGCCUGGCAACUCCGCUUGUCGUCCCUCUGAUAAAACGAUGGGGGACCAGAUCUUUUGGUGAACGUCAAGUAUCGAUAUUUCUUUUUGGCAAAAUAAGCAAUGUCUGUUGUACCUUUGCUCUGGGCUGCAGUAUAUAGCGCGAUCUUGAAAUGUGACUUAAGAGGCCCAUUGCCGUAGAUAAGAUAAUCAAAUCUGAUUGAACAAA